AUGCCGCCAGCAACAACAGCACCACAAUACGCACCCCCAGAUGGAGGAUGGGGCUGGGUUGUGGUCUUUGGGGCUUUUAUCUCCAUUGGAUUUUCCUAUGCAUUCCCAAAAGCCAUCACAGUGUUCUUCAAGGAAAUUCAGGAGAUCUUCCACACAUCAUAUAGUGAAAUAGCUUGGAUAUCAUCGAUUAUGUUGGCUGUUAUGUAUGCAGGAGGUCCCAUAAGCAGUAUCUUGGUGAACAAAUAUGGUUGCCGGCCAGUGAUGAUGGCAGGAGGUGUAUUGUGUUCAUUUGGAAUGAUUGCUUCCUCUUUCUGCAAUAGUGUCCUGGAGCUUUACAUAUGUGUAGGAAUUGUUGGAGGUCUUGGCUUAGCCUUCAACUUGCAGCCUGCCUUGACUAUGAUUGGCAAGUAUUUCUAUAAGAAGCGGCCCAUUGCUAAUGGACUGGCCAUGGCUGGAAGUCCAGUGUUUCUAAGCACAAUGGCACCUCUUAAUCAAUUCCUCUUUAAUGCAUUUGGAUGGAAAGGAAGCUUUCUCAUUCUGGGAGGACUUCUUUUGAACUGCUGUGUGGCUGGGUCACUUAUGAGACCUGUUGGACCAAAACCAGUCCCUCCUGUGAAAAAAGAUGUGGAGAAGGGAGCAGGAGAUUCAGCCUUACACAUGAAUAACAAAAAGAAGUCAUUCUGGCAAACUGUGAAUAAAUACUUAGAUCUGUCCCUCUUUAAACACAGAGGAUUUCUGGUUUAUUUGUCAGGAAAUGUUAUUAUGUUUAUUGGCUUCUUUGCCCCAAUAGUAUUCUUGGCUCCUUAUGCCAAACACAAGGGAAUUGAUGAAUAUUCUGCUGCUUUUUUGCUCUCUAUUCUAGCUUUUGUAGACAUGUUUGCGAGGCCUUCAAUGGGACUUGUAGCAAACUCCAAAUACAUCCGGCCAAAAAUCCAGUACUUCUUUAGUUUUGCUGUCUUGUACAAUGGCAUCUGUCAUAUCAUGUGCCCACUGGCAGAGGACUAUACAGGCCUGGUGGUAUAUGCUGUACUUUUUGGAUUUGCUUUUGGAAUGGUUAGCAGUAUCCUUUUUGAGUCGUUGAUGGAUCUCGUUGGUGCUGCCCGGUUUUCCAGUGCUGUGGGACUUGUCACAAUUGUGGAGUGCUGCCCUGUUCUCCUAGGCCCCCCUCUAGGAGGUUGGUUAGUGGAUAUAACUGGAGAAUAUAAAUACAUGUACAUUGUCUGUGGAUCGAUUGUGAUUGUGUCAAGUAUUUGGUUGUUCAUUGGCAAUGCCAUCAACUACAGGCUUUUGGCAAAAGAGAAGAAGUUAGAAGAAGAAAAACAGAAAGCAUUAAAGAAUGCUGAUCCCAAGGAAGCAGAACCUUUGACCAACAAUGAGAAUGAGGAGGCUGCCAACAGGGCUGACAAAGUACUCAAUGAUUCUUCGGAAAGGGAAACUAAUAUUUAAUAUGAAAUAUGCCUCAGACGUCAAUGUUUUUUACUUCCAUUACAAGUAUUUUGUCAAGUUACAGGCCAGGUUUUGUAAUAAUAAUGAUCAGUCACAAUAUUGGAUGAGAACAGAAAUUUGCCAAAGCCAAGAUUCCAGGCAAAUUACCAUCGACAGUUUGUUUGUUUUUUUAUUUUGGUGAUGAGAAUUUUCGAUUUCAGAGACAGCGACUCCAUGCACAUGAGUCCAUUCCAACCGUAACUGUGGACAGUAUGGGUCAGGUAGAGUUAAACUUUAAGGUCCUCCACGACAAAUUAUCUUGUUCCAAAAUAACUUCUAAUGCAACAGUAUCUGUUUAGUCUUGUUACAGAAGCCAUUUGUCUUAACCCUCUGGACUGUCAGUGCCUGUUGACUUCUACUCACCACCAUAUUUUGGCCUCUAGUAUUAAAGAAGGAUAUCAGAUUAUGGGUUAAGAUCUGAAAAGGAAGACAAAAUACUGAAAUGAUCUGAGUAAAGUGCAUAAGAAACUGCCUGCCCUUU